AUGUUUCCUCGUGUUCCUCCCGGGACUCCUCCUCCUGCAUAUAGCCGUGCAUCGCCGCCACCACCUUUCUAUUUUCCACCAACUCAAGGUGACGAGGUGGAGAUUGUGGAGCCUCCUUCACCGUCUGUAAGUGAGAUGGAAGUUCAAAUUUUUGGCCACCCAAUCGCACCAGUUCACACACCCCACACUCCCUAUUCCAGUCUUUCUCGUCCCUCAACACCUGUCAUUCCUUUGCGCGAAGUGCGCUCUACUUUCGAAAUGCCCAUCAUUCCUUCACACACACACACUGUCCCUUCCCAUAUACCCGUUAUUCCCCCUCGGUCCUCCACUCCCAUCAUCCGCUCCAGCACGCCCAUCAUUCCUUUGCGUGAAGCGCCCAAUCCUUUUGACACGCCCAUCGUUCGUUCACACGGACACACUGUCACCUCUCAGAUACCCAUCAUUCCCUCUCGGGAACGUAUACCCAUCCCAACAACCCCGAUUGGUCCCCCCACGCCAAUACCUCAACCAAAGCGGACUCGAACAACAGCGCCGUGUGUCAUUACCCCAACAACGCGAACAUCAACACCUCGCACACCUCUUCCUUCUCAACCUCUUGCACCAGUCGAGGACAACACCACUGAAACCCUGCCUGCCGAGUACGAGAUCAUGGUUUGGCCUGUCAAACCAACUCGAAAGGCUGCCGGCACUGGUCGCACUAAGAAGCCUGCUGCCAGGGUGGACCCCCAUGGUCUCGGCCCUGGGCUGGCUGAUGUUGGUAUGGAGUGGGAGUCUUUUUUGGAGGUUAUUGCUGAUGUUCUCGAGACGGACCCGACUUUCCUUUUUGUUGACAGCAUGGAGUGGCGCUGGGUUAAGCCAGCCAACUCUAUGUUCUUGCCUCUGCGUUCCCGAUUAGCCUAUGUUUCAAUGAUAAAGCAGCUCAAGGCUCCUCCGAAGAAUGUCUCAGGUAGUUACAUUAUUGUUCGUAUGGAUGAACCUGUUAAGAAACCAGUUGAUCGGACCAAGCCCUGGAAUUCCUCCAACUCGGGGACUGCUGCUGUUGAGGAGGAUAGCCUGUCUGAUGUCGACGAUGGUCUUCCUCGAAAAAAACCUCGAUUCGAUGACCAGGUAGAUGACUUGGUUCAGCAAAUCGAAGCGAAGUACCCAGCUGGUACUUGUGUUGUCCACCCCGAUGUCGAGUGCUUCCACCACCGCCCAACGGAUUGCCAUUUUGAGCUUACGCGGAUAACCAAGGUUGCGUGGGCUGCUCACAUUCGGAAAGGGGACGCUUCACUCAUGUGUCCCCCUCUAGCCUCAAAUCACUUCAAAGCAAAGAAAGGCAUGAAGGUUCCGAAGACCCCAGUAGCAGGCCCAUCUACUCCCAUAUCUCCACCUGAUUCUCACUCCUCUAUCACUCCUUCUGCUCCUCAUCCCCACAUGUUCCCAUAUCCAUACACUCAACCUCCAAUGCCCUAUCCUUACCCUUUCCCGAUGCCACCUCCAGCUCCACACUAUGGCUAUCCUCCUGGUUAUCCACCAUACUUUGGUCAUGGACCUCCCCACUCAUUGCCCUCUCCCUCUCGUCACCGACAUGGAAACUCCUCACCACCACAUGGUUCUCGACACCAAUCUGGUGAUGGGAGAUCCUCUCCUCCCAUACCUGGGGGCUCAGUCGAGGAAUUUUGCAUGAAGUAUAAUUUUCCAGCGUCCAUCCGUGACUCGCUAACUGAGAUGGGCUUUGAGAUUGGUGACGAUCUCUCAGCUUUGAAGGAUUCCCAGUGGGAGCAUGCUUCUAUCCCCCCACUCGCAGUCAAUCGCAUUAUCAAAGCAUAUAGUAAGUAUAAGAAGUUCUUGCUCGAUGGUAACUAG